AGAUCCUUCAUUUAUGCCAUCAGAAGAUGAAAAUAUUUCCCCUUCUGAUGUGGCCAUUCCACAGCUUGAGCGUACUUACUGCGAUCCAAACGAGACUUCCGACUUAACGUUUGAAGAAUUUGCCCUCUUUUCCGACCUUCAAUACAGCAAGAAACCUUGCGAAAGUAUUGAAGAUGUCGAGGGCCCUUCACACACUGAAGUUGAACAUGAGCAGUGUGCGAAGAUUUCUCGAGGCUACCAGCAAAAUGAGAAUAAGCUUAGAAUGAGAAUAAAAGAGCUUGAGGCCCAAGUGGAAGAUUUGACUCGAAAAUUUAAGGAUUUGCAAGAAAGUGUUAUCAUUCCGGCAACAGACGCCAGCAUACAUGCUGUAAAAUUUGCUAGAAUGAUUGUAAAUACGCGUCAAAGCUAUAACGAAGACUAAAAAAUUUUGGCACA